GCUCUUCACGCUCACGCUGCAGCCGUGGCUCCUCUACUACCUGGGCCUGGCCCGGAGGCCGCCUGCCGCACUGCUGGGGCCGCCUACUACGUGUCCACCUACUACGUGUCCACCUACGCGGUGGUCUUCGCCAGACACAUCAGCGUGUGCCGCUGCUGCUCCGUACGCGGCCCCGGGCCUGGGGCGGCUGCCUGCCUGGCCUGCGCCGCCGGCGCCCCGCUGCGCACUGCCUGCGCCUUCGCCUGGUUGGCGGGCCUGGCCCCUCCCUGCCAGGAGCACCGCUUGGCAAGCUCGGGGCUGGCCUCAGUCAUGGUGGCCUUCUUCGCGGCCGCCUUCCUGCUGGUGCUCGCAGCCUGCGUGAGCCUGGCGCGGGCGCUCCAGGCGCCCUCGGGCCCAGGCCCUGCUAGCGCCAGCGCGCACCCGCGCGCGGCCAAGACCUUGGUCCUGGGGCUCCUGCUGGUCUUCGCCCUCAGUCUGGCGCCCUACCACCUGCUGCUGGAGCCCAGGGUGGCCGGGCGGGACAGCGACGGAGACCGGUGUCGCGCCACCUCCAUGCUCGACAGUCCUGCACACCCUCAGCCUGGCGCUGCUGAGCCUCAACAGCUGCCUGGACUCACUCAUCUGCUGCUGCUUGGUGCGCCGCUUCCGCCAGGACUGCUACUGGGCACUGAGCUGCCGCCCGGUGAAGGGGGCGCCCAGGGCGCACGGGGCCUCCUUGGCCUCCUCCUAGAGAGUCUCCUGGCCUCCCCGCCUGUCUCACCCCCCUGCCACCCUCCCAGUGGCAUCCAGGGUGGAGAAAGCUCUUUGGAAAGACCUAGAUUCUGAUCCUGACGCAACCACAUACUACCCCUGUAGCUGUGAACCUCCGGGCUCAUCUGUACCAAGGGCAUAGAACAUUUUUUUGUAACCUGAAUGUUCCCUGGAUGUUGCCAGCUUUUGGAUACAAAUAAUAUACCAUUGUGUUUUUUUAAACCUCUUGGGAUAAAAGAAAGUCCUUAUCAUGGCCUACAAGGCCCUGUCUGAUUCGACUCCCCCUUCUCUCCAGACCUUAUCCCACCACCCCUGCGUCUGCCUGCAGGCAGUCACCACCUUCUCAGGCCCGGGAAAAUGCCAGUCUCCUACCCUUCACAGCCUUCGCACCUGACUUGGCCAGGAAUGAUCUCUGUUACUCUCUUUCACUAAGUUAGUUCUUCUUCACCCUCACUUCCUCUAAAGUAACUCCUUAUAGGAAAGCCUUUCUUGACUGGCAACACACACACACACACACACACACACACGACUGAAUCAGAUCGGAUUGCUCUUUGAUAGCUCUUUUCAUAGUUGUAAUCAAGCAAUUAAUUGGGUAAUGCGUUGUUGUUUUCUUUCUCUCUUGCCGGAAUGUAUUCAUGCUGACCCAUAAGAAAUUACCAUUUUUUAAGUCCCCAAAAGUUGAAUAUUGGAAAUUUUAUUUCCACCCAGUUCAACUUAAUAAAUUCCGUGUUUACCUUGCUCA